UUUGAGCUGCAUUAUGGUGUCAAAAGGCAAGGCUAAGGAGAAGAAGCAGCAACGGAAGGAGAUGUUAGCUAGGAUGGGAGCGGCACAACAACUCCUCAGUAAAGCGAAUGUUUCUGACAAAGAUCACAUGGACACUUUAAUCCCUUUCAAAAAAUACAACAGAAACAAUGUUGAUUUGAGUAUAGAGUGUGUACAUUACGAGCAAGUCAAAGAUGACGGAGAUACCUUCGAGACUAUCUACCAAAUCUUGGAGGGAAAUAUGAAAGCAGAGUACGAUGCAUGUUAUUGGGGCUGGAACGAAAAAGACAAAAGAGACGAACUCAAAGAGAAGAAUCCUUGGUUCCUUGUUGCUAAAAACAGUGAGGGUCAAACUGUUGCAUUUUCUCACUUCAAAUUCGAUUUUGACGAGGAAAUCGCUGUUUUGUACUGCUACGAGGUGCAGGUGACGGAAGAAAUGAGAGGUAAAGGUGUCGGUAAAUUUCUAAUGCAGAUAUUGGAGCUGAUCGGAUCCAAAGCCGAAAUGCAGAAGAUAAUGAUAACAGUUUUCAAGCACAACCCACGAGCAAUACACUUCUUUGCUGAUAUUCUGAAAUACGCAGAUGACGAAACGUCACCAAAGUUCAUGGAUCCAAUGGAUGAGAAAGAUUACUGUUACGAGAUCAUGAGCAAGACUCUGAAAGUAAAGAAAGCCUCAGGGUCGUAGUGGACUCAAUUUUACGCCAGUGUUUUUAUUUACGCUUUUUAAACUUUUCAAAAUUUUUACUGAGAUUUGGGUCAAUCGGCUUUGAUAUGGAGUUAUGGAAGGUAUGCUAAGACAAUUUUGACCAAACCUUUGGUUUGCAAUUUGAAACCUUUUUAAGGCCUAGGUGCCUAUUUUGACCAAUGCAGCUUUAAAAUGAUCAAAUAAUAUUAGCCUAGGGGAGUCAAAUAUUCGUUGCAUGCGCCCAUUUCUCUACCGUUCAUUCAUCCAUAAGAACUGUUUUUACAACUAGUCAACAUAAAAUUUCUGACUGCUCGACUGCUAAUUCUUGUUUCAUUCAGCCAUCUGUUAAAAUAUUUAUGUAUUUAUUGAAAUUCAAUUUUACUUUAUCA